AGCAACCCCCUUUCUUAGGAAGGGGCACCUAAUUCGGUCGCAACAGCAACAUCAGAAGCAGCUCUGACACUUGCUGCUCUUGAUGCGUGUUAGGGAGCAUGAGACCUGUCAAAACACCGACCCUUAGGCUCCGAAGCUUCCUCAGUUUUUUGGUGAUAUUAGUGGAGGGCUGGCAUGAUUUGGACAACAAAGGCUAUGACUGUUGGCCCCUGGAAAAACCAGACGAGUAUAACAUGCUGGACUGUGGAGGCCUGGAAAUGGCAUGGAUCCAAAGGCCUCCAGAAAAGGCUGUGAGUGGGGAGUUCUUCAAUGUGACCUACGCAGUCUUUGCUCCUGACAGCUUUUACCAAUAUGCGGUGCAAAAUGGAAUACUUUCUCACAGCAAUGCUACUGCUGCAAAGGACUUCUGCGAGGAGCAGGAGUGCCCUGAUAACUGGAAAGAAGCAAAUGGGGAGAACUGCUGUGUCCAUCAUGCCAACAUUCACUCCUGUCCUUUGGCCUUCAUGGGUAAAGGAGGAAUAUGUGGUCCAUGGAUUCCAGAUGAUGGCCAGAUAUUUACCCAUACUUUGUCUACAGCUGGUAAAAUGAGUCAAAGAAACUGGACUGCCAAGGUUGUUUUAGUUCAUGCGGGUGUGACUUCUCUCAUUGCGCACAUCAGAGUUGGGAAAAUGCAAGUUGCUCAGGAAGCAAAAACCACAGUACUCCCUGCAGUAGUCUGUGGAGAUGGCUUCUGUGAGGGAGAAGAAGGCUGCUCUACCUGCCCAGCUGAUUGUGGGGAAUGUCCACUGUCUGCUGAUGCUAGGAUAGCAAUUGCCUUACCGAUAUGUUUAGUCUGCGCUGGCUUCAUACUGACUAUCAUGUGGUUUCAGUAUCAGAAACAAAAGAUGCUUUGGGAUGAAAGCUGGAUUAUAGACUUCACCCACAUCAAACAAGAUCGCAUAGCAUGGACAGCAACGGGAAGCAUGAUAAGCGUCCCCCCUGCACCUAGUGACUCCAGUUCUGGCUGUGUUACUGCUCUGAGCACAGCAGCUGCUAAAGUGCCCAGGAAACAGUACUUCACACAGACUGGGAGAUAUGAUGGUAGAACAGUGGCUAUAAAGAAAAUAAUGAAGAAGGCAUUCAGCCUGUCCAAAUCCAUACGUAAGGAAGUAAAGCAAGUGAGGGAACUUGACCAUCCCAAUCUUUGCAAAUUCAUUGGCGGUUGCAUAGAAGUGCCAAAUGUUGCCAUCGUGACAGAAUAUUGCCCCAAAGGUAGCCUGAGUGAUGUUCUACUCAGUGAAGACAUCCCUUUGAACUGGGGCUUCAGGUUUUCUUUUGCUACUGAUAUUGCCCAAGGAAUGGCCUACCUCCACCGGCACAAAACGUAUCACGGACGGUUGAAGUCUAGCAACUGCGUGAUAGACGACCGAUGGGUUUGUAAAGUUGCAGAUUAUGGUUUGCAAUCGUACAGAAAAGAAGAUUCUUCUGAAGGAUCCAGCACAUACCAGCAGCACCUGAUAGAGGUUUACAUAGCUCCUGAGAUCCAUUCCCUUUCAGACUUUGAACCCACUUCUAUGACAGAUGUGUACAGUUAUGCCAUCAUUUUACUAGAAAUUGCCACAAGAAGUGACCCUGUGCCAAAAGAUGAUGUACUUUCAGCUGAAUAUUCUUGGUGCCUACCUUUGGCAGAAUUAAUUUCAGGAAAGUCUGAGAAUUCUUGCCCAUGUCCCACAGAUUACAUCAUAGAGUUAAUCAGGAGCUGCCGAAAAAACAAUCCAGCCCAAAGGCCCACAUUUGAACAAAUCAAGAAAACGUUGUACAAGAUGAAUCCUAAUAAAGUUAGCCCUGUUGACAUGAUGAUGACCCUGAUGGAGAAGUACAGCAAACACCUGGAGAUACUAGUUUCUGAGAGAACCCAGGAUUUAAUGUAUGAAAAACAGAAGACUGAUCGUCUGUUGUACAGUAUGUUGCCGAAGCAAGUAGCAGAUGAUCUCAGGCAGGGAAAACAUGCACAAGCUCAAAGUUACUUAAGUACCACCAUCUUUUUCAGUGACAUUGUUGGCUUCACUGAGCUGUCCAGCAGCAGCACACCUUACCAAGUGGUAGAUCUCCUAAACAAGCUUUAUACCACUUUUGAUGAAAUCAUAGAUAACUACGAUGUCUGUAAGGUGGAGACAAUAGGAGAUGCUUAUAUGGUAGUGUCGGGGGUACCCAGAGAGAAUGGGAUCCUCCACGCCGGUGAGAUCGCAAGCAUGGCUUUAGACCUUGUGGCUGUCUGCAAGACUUUCAAGAUCCCACACAAGCCCAACACCCUCCUAAAGAUAAGAGCGGGAAUCCAUUCAGGGGCAGUUGUAGCAGGAGUUGUGGGGACCAAAAUGCCACGGUACUGUUUGUUUGGAGACACUGUGAACACAGCUUCCAGGAGGGAAUCCACCAGUGAAGCUCUUAAAAUACAGUGCAGUUCAAGUGCAUACCAGUUGUUGGAGCAGAUCGGAGAGUAUGUGCUAGUGUGCCGUGGGAAUUUACAAGUCAAGGGAAAAGGAGACAUGGUAACAUACUGGCUUGAAGGGAAGAAAGCCUCUGCCACCCAGAAGGCAGUCCCCCGCCCUCCUGCGGCUCUUCAAGACCCUGACAGAGCUUCAUUCAGUCUGAUACCUGGUGUCCUUCCCAGGGAUCCUCUCUAAAGCACUGUUUCGUAGCCACUUAGCAGCUUCAGCGUCCUCCCUGCUUUCAGUCUGUCAGACCACCUUGUGGAUGUGCACUGUCAUGAAACAGUUUCAGAAAGUAAGAAAAUAGAUAGCACGCCCCUUUGGCCUUGUGGAUAUAGUAGCCCAGACUGUUUUCUCCAGAUCGCUGGUAUCUCUCCCACCAGUGGCUGCAAAAACACAAAAAAGCAAAAUUCAUCUUGGGGAAUGAUACAUAAGAACUCCAACAUCACAAGGGACAAGGGCAGGGUUAGCUGCUGAUUUGCUUUCCUGGAUAAGCCUCUGCAAGCAGCCUCCAUUACCUCCAAACCAGCUGGCAGGUCAUUUCAGGACAUGAGCUGCUCCCACUGGAAAGAGAAGAACAGGGUAGUGCUGUUACUUAGUGGUGAGACAGACCCUGUGGGCGUGAUGAUGUUCAUAGUUUGAAAGGGAAAAAAAAGAAAUGUGUAUUGUGUUACAAAGGAAGGCCUGGUGAAAGAGAAGGAGGAAUCAGCGCAACCACAACGGACACAAGUCCAAGACGAGAAUUUGUGCUCCGACUUCAUUUCACCUCCACCAUCCGGAACACAGAAUCGCUGCAGUCUAUGCGUCGCAACUGGGAAGAAAGUCCGGGUUAGAUCCAUAGGUACAACGCAUCAUGAUAUUUGCCCUCUUCGUGUAGAGAUCUGAAAAUGGGAGAAAAAUGAGAAACAUUGCAUGCUGUUGUUAAACAGAGGACAGAGCAUUAUUACAACCACUCUGGUGGCUGCACAGCAGUCUUCGACUGCUCCAGGUCCUCUCUGAAAUACUGCUUUUAGCAUUAGCUUAUAUUACAGAUUUGCCUUUGCCUAGAGAAGUGGCUGUGGCCUAGUAUUGUUGGAUAGCUGUCUGACUGUGAAAUUAGGGAGCCCUCUGAGUCACUGUGUAAUUUAGGACAGUUUAUAAAAGGUCAUUCCUGAGCAAGCACUUCCUGUAAAGAGACACCUGUCACUGCUAAUGGAGUAAUCUGUUGAUGAGCGUGGUGCUGCAGCACUGCUGGUGUUGACUGCCCUUAAAGCCAAACCUUAUGUCUGGUGGACCUUGUCUACAAUUUUUAGGGUUUUAUUUAUGGCAACAAAGCACUUUUCAGGGGUAAUCUACUUUUGAAGCUUAGCUAGUUCAGUUAAACUGAUUAGCAAACAGUCUAGCAGAAUUAGUAAUACAAAAUGGGGAAAGAAAGGCUACACAGAGUCACAGCAGCUCCACCAUAAUAUGAUCUGGACUGUGUAGUGGGGAAGGAGGUGAAAAGGAAGGACUGUAUAGGAUACAGCUCCGUUUACUGCUCCUUGCUCUGUUCCCUCACCCUCCAGUCUCUGCCCGCUCUGAGGUAAGAGUACAACAGCAUACAUGUAGACGCAAUUUUUGCUGGUGCAAGUUUGUUCAGCUUAAACAAGCAGUUAACUAGUUGUCCACAUUCCCACAUAGUCAGCACCUUUUUUAAUGCUGAAUGUACGUUUUGGGAUUGUAAUAAGAGAUUCACACUGCAGUUUAGCUUCUGUGGAAAAUAAGCACAGUAAUAAAGUUAGACUUUUCAGAGAUGCCUAACAGAGGCAGAACUUAAAUCCUUCCUAAUUAUAGAUGACUUCUUUGAAAUCAGCAAACAAAAAAAAAAAAAAAAAGAAAGAAGAACGUUCUGGAUGACAUUCUAUCUCAAAAGUCUAUGGCAAAACUGCCAUUUGAAUGUGACCGGAACAGCCAGGCACAUAUACCUGACCUUAUCACAUUAAAUCCCAACACAGAAUCCAUCUCAAUUUUUAAGAAGUAAAAUUUAAAAUUUAUUUCACAUUUUCUCCAAAAAUUCCUUUCUAUAUUUUUACAUGUCGUAUUAGUGCAAGGUAUAGUAUAGUUACCUUUUUGUAAUCUUAGCAAAAUAAACUUUUCAGUUAUCCAGAGCCCAGUGAUGACCUUUAAAACAACUAUUUCCUUUACACAAAUGUUAUCUAGAUGUUUUGAAAAUCUCUUCUGUGUUAUAAUGUUGCAAAAUGUGCAAUAUACUUUUCAACAUUCUUUCAGUGAGUUUGUUUUUACCUUGUUUUUAUUAGAAAAGGUCAUAUCAUAGGGUCUUUUAUCAAAUACGAAUGUGAUAGCAUAUGCUCUGUUAGACAUUCAAUC